GUCUACCCGAGGUGCUGAGCCUUUAGCAGAGUGGAGCGCUAAUUGCCUGGGGACUCGAACUAAAGGCGUCAGCUAACGCGCGGCGCUAGUGCAGGAGUCCUUGCCAGAGGGAACCGCGACAGGGAGCCGGGCGCCAAGUGUCCCGGAACCAACGGCGGGCGGCGGGGAGUCGGUCCGCCCGGGCUCGGGGAGGCGCUCCUGCUGCGCGCGGCUCCGCCCUCCACCCGCCUCCACAGUUGAUAGUCCGGAGCCGGCGUGUCGGCGUGUGUGGUUAUGCGGCUCUUUCUGGCUGAGAGGACACAGCGGCGUCCUGCCCUGGCCUGAGCAAUGCUAAGAAGCUGCGCUACGCGCCUGCGCGCUCUUGCUGUCCCGCCUGCGAGGAGGCCCGGAGCGGUGUGGAGGUUAUUUUCCUCUGAGAAAGUCAUUCCCAAGGACUAUGGUCUCCCAAACCCGAGCUGGAGCAAGGACCUAAGACUCCUCUUUGACCAGUUCAUGAAGAAGUGUGAAGAUGGCUCCUGGAAACGUUUGCCCUCAUACAGACAAAAUCCUACUCAAACCCUUAAAGACUUCCAAACCCGUUUUGUUGAUCCCAGGUUUAUGAAUGAAGAACAAGUGUCAAAGGCCCAACAGUUCAGUAGAAGCUUAGAGGAAGGCCUGGGGUUUGAGUAUGUGAUGUUCUAUAAUAAAGUGGAGAAGAAGAUGGUUUGUUUGUUUCAAGGAGGUCUUCACCUGCAAGGGGUACCUGGAUUUGUUCAUGGAGGUGCCAUUGCAACCAUCAUCGAUGUUACUACUGGCAUGUGUGCAAUUGCUGAGGGAAUCGCCAUGACUGCCAACCUCAACAUCGACUACAAAAAACCUAUUCCCCUUUGUUCUGUUGUGGUGGUAACCAGCCAACUUAGUAAGACUGAAGGAAGGAAACUUUUUAUUUCCUGUACUGUUCAGAGUGUUGAUGAGAAGACGUUAUACACACAGGCAACAGCUUUAUUUAUAAAACUGGAUCCUGACAAACGUUUGACAUAAAGAACUUCUGUUGAACUCCACACUGUGCUGCAUGAAGUCCCCCACCCAAGCAGCACCGGUCUCCACUCCUGUCCCAGCUGCUGAACCCCAGUGGAAAGCCUGCUCUCACGGACCCUUCAGAACAGCCUCUAAAAUACAGGGCUGCAGGAACUCGCUGUCUGCCUUUCAGACUUGUCGUAAGAAGCACUCCCUGGAAGAGUCUCAGCAGCCAUGUGUCCCUAGGACAAAUGUCCUGAAAUAUGAACAGACGUCAAAGCUGACAAGCCCAGUACCUGCUCCACUGCAGACUGCAGCAAAGGAUUGCAUUGAAACUCACUGCAAACAUGGAAAUGGAGUGGUGUGUGUGGAGUGUGAGUGUACACGAGCACAGACUGCAUGUUACAGAGAGGUUUGUUGUUUGUGAACAAACAUCUUUCCAGCCAUCUUAGGGAACACAGCUCAUUCCUAUGGGAAUGGAUCCACACCUCUGUUGUCUAGGGUCCUAGAGAGUAAACCGUUGUUCAUUUUUUCCUCAACCUGUGCUAUUGUAUCUUACAUCACUGUGCUGUCGUCACUGGGACAAGGCUCUGUGAGCUUUCUGGGACUAUAAGCUAGGUGGUUUAAACCAACACAGACUUCACUGUCAUAGUCCCUGAGGCCAGAAGUCUAAAAUUAAAGUAUUAACCAAACCUUGUUCCUUCUGAAGGUUGUGGGCGGGAACUAUUUCACAUCUCCUGGCUUCUACCAAGAGAGCCUCCAGCGUUCCCUGAUUUUUAGAUACAGCAUGGUUUCCCAUUGUAUCUCUCCAUCAUAUUCCUUCUGUGUCCCUGAUUCCAAAUUUCCCUUUGAAAGGAUUGAAAGGGUUUAUUUAUUUAUUUUUCUCUCUCCCUUUCUCUCUCUCUCCUUCUCUCUCUCUUUAUCUAUCUAUCUGUGUGCGUGUGUGUGUGUGUGUGUGUGUGUGUGUGUGUGUAGGUGUGUGUAGGUGUAGGUGCUCAAAUAAAUUGGGAGAUUAAUGUGCUAGGAAACAUAUUUACUUCUUGUUUUUACGUUUAUUUGUAUAUAUUGGGGGGCAUGUAUGUGCCAUGAAAGUGUAUGUGUGGAGUUCAGAGGGCAGCGUGAGGGCAGUGUGAGGGAGCUGGUUCUCUCUUAAUGUGUGGGUCCCCACGAUUGAACUCAGGUCAUCAGAGUUAGGGGC